AAUUGAUGUAGGUAUUUUCUUUUGUCCCUAAUUAUUUACAUGUUGAUGUGUCUGAUGAUAAUUACUUGGCCAAUCCGGAUCUGUUGAAAUAUCAUAUUGUCUCUAUCAAGGUAGCCGUUACAUUUAAUGUAUUUUCAUACAUUACGCCUGUCACAUUGAUAUAUUUACACGACCUAGUUAUUAACUACAAACAGGAAAUGACAUACGUGUUACAAGUGCAUGCAGUUUAAAUUACGUUAGUGAGUGAUGGUGAGGUAAAUUUCCUAUUUUGUACUACAUGUAUAUAAAUAUGGAAACAUCUUUUUUCAAACAAUAUGAAGACCAGGACACAGGUUUGACCUUGGUAUCAUUAUGUUUUCAUAUCGUUAUAAGGUCAGUCAGGGUAUAUUAAGAGGUUACUCACCAAACAACGGGACGUUCUCCGAAAUAUACGUCAUCUAUCUAUUUAUAGCAAUGCGAGUAUAAUGUUGAUUCGUGGAAAUCAUUUUACUUAAACGUUUAUCGGAAACAACGACAGACAGCUGUAGUUUGAAACAGGUAUCCAGUCACCAUUUAACGAUAUGGCAGCGAAAGACAAACCACCUCCAGAGGUUCUACAAUUGCACAAAGAGAUGGUUAAGGAACUAGGAAAAUUAUUUUCGGUUCCUGGAAAAGCAUGGUCUGAAAUGCGGAGCCAGGUGGGAAUGCUAGAUCUCCUCUCCAAUGCUGUCCUAGGACAAGUUGAAAGCAUGACUGAUCUGUUCAUUGAAUUGAUAAAGAGCAAUGGCAAUAAAAUUACGUACGGGAAGUACGAUAAGAUUUACGCCAUUUUUGAUGACGAAGACGUUGCGGCUGGAAACAUAAUUAAACGCUUCACAAAAAGUAUAGCAGAGGCCUCUAAAACAAAAGGGAAGCGACAACACAGCCCUGACUCUGAUUCCGAAACUCAAGUUCGCAAAUCAAAACGAAAGAACGAAAAACGCAACAUAAGCCGCGAUUCUGAUUCUGAAACCGAAUAUGAAAACCCCACAUCGUCUGGAAGUGAAGCCGACGGAAGCGAAUCGAAUCGAAGAAAAGAGAAUGCGGGGAAUUUAAGAAAAGAACACGAUGACACGCACAAUGCAAGCAUAGUUCAUACUUGGCAAACAGCGAUGAAUGCUGUCGGAUUUAUCCAGGGCCCAGUCUUUAGUGGCACAGGGUUUAGAGUGGGAGAGGACAUGAUAAUGACAGCCUACCAUGUGGUAGAGGACAUAACAAAGACUCACAAGAACGACAAACCAGACCUGUCGAAACUUGGAACAGACAACGUAUUCAUCACGUUCAACUAUCUCGAGGCCGAUAACUCAACGAAAGUUCGAAAAACUCGAAAGUUUUAUUUCAAAGAACAACGUUUUUCCCAUGACAAAGAAAUGGAUUUCGCCAUUUUACAAUUACGAAAUAAGGAUAAUAACGAAGAAUCUAGCUAUCCAAAAGCCAUAACGCGUUUCAAGCCCGUAUACCCUGAGCAGACCUUCGCUCUACUCGGUCACCCCGAUCGGAAACCUAUGCAGCUAGAUCCCAAGGUUCACAUCUUUGAUCCCAAGAGUGAUCAAGGGAAAAGACGGCUAGAGAAGAUGAAAAAAUGGGGACGCAAAAAAGGUAAAAAAUCGGCGUAUGAAAAAAUCCUAGACGAAAGAAAAGUUUUAUUUGACUGCUGGGUUCAGCAUGGGGCUUCUGGAUCACCGGGAAUUGAAAUGGGUUCCGAUGGGGAGCCCGUCUGUAGCCUCAUGCUCAUACACGGAUAUCCGAAUUUUGUCUUUGAUGAUGAAUAUAAAAGAAAGGAAAAAGAUCAUCCAUACAUGAUCGAGCAAGGUGUUACAAUGCAGGCGAUUGCAACACAAUUAAACGGAAUGGGUUCAGAUGCGAGGAAAAUGAAGCAGGAAAUAUUUGCUGACGUUUUUGAGUAAUUAAGAAUUAGAAAAAUACAUCGGUGUGCUUAAACAAGAGCAUUUCUAUUUUGCAUCAAAACAGCAUUUCAUAUCAAAGGCUAAGUUUGUUUUAAACACAAACAGAAUUGAAAUCUUCUGUGUUCUUAGUCAAUCAAUUAGUGUUGCACUCUUAUACUGCAGGCAGUCGAGAGAACGGGCAAUAUAUUUACCAUUCCACUCCUUAGUGGAUGGUGCUGCAAAGGUCAUUAGGGCUAGGUUAAAUACAACUCAUCAAAUUUCACCGGCACAAUUUACCGACAAAGUAGUAAGAUCGUAAUAUAAUGAACAUAUCCUGAGAGUGAAAACAUUUAUGUCGGCAUCAAACUCAUUUUCAUCUUGAAAGUGAAAGAAAAAUAAAUUUGCUAUAAUGAAA